GUUUGGAUACAAUGGCUUGUGUAUUUAUUUGUUUUUCUUGUUCCUUCAUUAUGGAGGCUUGUACAGUUUUGGUUCUUGUUCUAUUGUAAAUUAUGUACUUUAAAGAACUGAAUAUGUUUGUUUUCUAAUUGAUGUUCUAAUAAUAUAUGCGUGCUCUUUGCUCUUAAGUCAAAUGAAUUAUAUUGCUAUUAAACAUGGACUAACAGCUGAAUGGGCGGAUCUUCUGAAUAGCAAUUCUCUGAGCAGAUCCUCCAUCAAAAAGCUGAAGAUUCUGAAUGGAUGCCAGGCUUACAUUCUUAAUCAUCAUACACUAAAGAACAUGUGACUUUGCUGACUGAUCCCUUAAUGCAAAUGAAGUGAAGAAGAGGUUUUCUAAUAUUCCACGAUCAGCAGUAAUUCGACAUUUCUUAAAGAUGACAGCCACCACAGUACAGUUUCAGGCACUGACCUGUCUAUAUCUCAUGAUGAUCCUCUUAACAAGUCAGACAAUGGCCUUCAUGCCAUUUUUGACAAAAUCUAAAAAGCACCAGGACAUAACUCGUGAUGCAAUUCUACAGACAACAGUCAAUGUUUGCAAAUUUCAAGCACUCCAGCAGGGGCAAAAUUUUGUUAUGCCAGUCCCACUGACAGUAGAGUCAGUGGCAGAAGCUUGUUCCUCAUUUAAAUUAGCCAAACAUUUUCAAAGGAGCAUUGAUACAAUAAAUAAAAACAAUGCGUGGAUUGACUUUCGCCAUCCUUUUACUGGAAGUUACCAUUUUGACAAUGAGGAGUUUUUAUCUGGACGGAAUCUUAUUACUGCAGGAGUUUCUGCUGUCAAAUACAGUGUCAAGCAACAGAGCUAUCAAGCUGCCAGAGAGGCGCUUGGUAAAAUCCUACACACUUUGCAAGAUUUCUACAGUCAUAGUAAUUGGAUUGAGCUGGGAAAGCAAGAACCUUAUUCCAACCUGAUUAAACCAGACACCCCAAUAAGCAACAUAGCAGAUUCAGAAACAUGCAGCAAAUGUACUGGUGACACCUGCAAAGGAAACAUCCUGGUACAGGUUACAGAAAAGCAGAAACUAACAUCAGGAUACUUUGGCUGGUCCAAACCAAAAGGAAAGUGCAGUCAUGGAGGAUUACUUGAUAUAUCAAGUUGGUUUGAAGGUGGCAUAAAUAAGGAUACUGACAGCUCCCACCAUGGUUAUCUGCAUUAUGAGGCGGCAUCGGUAGCUACUGCUGCUACCAGAGAACUACUGGAAGAUAUCAGAGCAGCGAUUGGAGAUUCUGAAUUUCUUAGACUGAUGGGAUUCAGCCAAACGUCAGUACUGUGUUUUGUUAUUGACACCACUGGCAGCAUGGGUGAUGACAUUGAUGAGGUCAGGAGAGUUACUUCAUCCAUCAUUGACAGUAAAACAAGCACAGCAACUCAACCUUCAGAAUACAUCCUGGUACCAUUUAAUGACCCUGAUUAUGGCCCACUAACAAGAACAACUGAUCCUAAUUUGUUUAAAAAUCAACUCAGUAAACUUACAGCUAGUGGUGGAGGAGAUGCACCUGAAAUGUGCCUCUCAGGACUACAGCUCGCCCUCACUGGAUCUCCUCCACAGACAGAGAUUUUUGUUUUCACUGAUGCUGAUGCAAAAGAUAAAUUCUUGACAAGCACUGUGCAAGCACUGAUUGAGAAAACAAAGUCUGUUGUGACUUUUAUGCUAACAAAUGGCUUUAGUUUUUGGCGUCACAGAAGAAGUGUUGCAUCUGUACAUCGCCAACAGCGAGCAUCCACUGGGCUUUCCACUCAGUUGAACCAGGUCUACCAUGAGCUGGCUCAAGCCUCUGGGGGUCAGGCUAUUGAAGUUACCAAAGGAACACUAGACCAGGCCACUGGCAUUAUUGCAGAUAUCUCCAGCUCUACAUUGAUCACUCUUUUCCAGGCUGUAAAAAACCCAGCAGGCAAUGAAACCUUUUCAGUCUUUGUGGAUUCUUCUGUGCAAAACCUGACAAUUUAUAUUACAGGCAAAUCUCCAGAUUACACCAUCACUAGUCCCUCAGGAGUCUCGCAGAGCAGCAAUGUACUGAAUGGGACAUUGGGGCUUAUUCAGAAAGUUGGUAACUUCUAUACCGUGCAACCAAAUAUUGCAGAGCAGACUGGAUUGUGGUUCUUCAGUAUUAACUCAACACAGCCCUACACCAUCAAAGUUGUUGGUCAAAGUGCUGUUGACUUCAUGUUUGACUUUGUUGAACUUUCCCAAGGGCCUCAUCCAAGCUAUGCUGUAUUAAAUAGCCGGCCUGCAAACACCAAUGUCACCCUGUUGGUGACUAUGGUUGGUGGGGACAGUGUGAGGCCUACUGUGGUAUCUCUUAUCGAAGCCUCAAGUUCAAAGUUCAUCUCUUUAAAUGGGUCACUAGAAGAGGUAGCUAGUGGGCAGUACUUAGUGACCUUUAACAGCAUCCCAGCAGGCGAGUUUACAGUUCGUGUGGUUGGACAGAUCAGUUCCUCUAGAUCUUCAGAUAAUACCUUUCAGAGACAAUCACCAACUCGAUUCCAAACAUCAACUGUGACCAUUACUACUCAGCCUAUUGGAACAAUAGAACCAGGGAAACAAUUCAGUCUUCCUUUCACAGUUGCAAACAAUGGCACUGAAAGAGUCUUUAAUAUCAGAGUCAGCAAUGAUCGCAAUUUUGACACUCACUUUAAUGCAUCCAUAACUCUCGAAAAUGGGGUCAGUGUGAAUAAUACAGUAACUCUGACCAUUCCUGAAAAGACUCCAUCUGGAACUGAUGUCACUGUGACAAUUGAAGCUGACGCAGCUGAUGGAAGUGAUUUCAACUACGCUGUGCAGCGUCUUUCUGUUAUUGCUCCGGUAACAGAUUUUACUCCUCCCAUGUGUGAGGCAGUUACUGUAAAUGCUAACUGUUCAGGCAACUGUAGCCUUUCCUCAUGGUACCUCACUGCCAACGUGACUGAUGGAAAUGGAUCAGGAAUUCAGAAUGUGAAAAUCCUCCAGGGAAACGGGAACCUCACCACCACCACUGUGCUCAGUGACGCAGGCGUAAAUGUCACUACGGUCAUCUACAAUGCCUCUUGCUGUUCACAAGACCUGGAACUGGUUGCUGUGGAUGAAGUGGGAAAUGUUGCCAAGUGCUUUAAAUCUGUAAGUGCUACAGCACCAAGCAACAGCAGUGCACCAUCUGCUGAAAGUGGUUUGUUUUUGCAAGUCUUCCUUUUGCUUAUUGUAGAAAUGUUAUUUUACUAAUUCAUGAAGCUCUAAGAAAACAAAGAGAAAAUAUUUGAAUUAGAAUUAUUAUCCCAUAUUUACGGUUAUAUUAUACCUGUUAGCAAAUCAAUUAUCCUCUCAAUGAAUUUAAAUGAGUCUAAACUUUGCAUUCAUUACUCAUCAGUUUGAGGGUACCUAUUAUCAUAUACCAUUUGUGCUAAUCAUGUAAUAAAGAGUAUUUACCUGCAGUUUGAAAUCUGUGGCAUUUAUCUUUAGAAUCAAUUUUACUUUUUCACUAUUUUAUAUACAAGAUUAAAAUAUGAAUAUACUCUUAGGGUCUAAUGUAAAACUGAUUGCUGAUUACAGAGUAAUUACAGCCUGAUUGCUAUAACAGGCAUACAGGGUUAUAAGGUUUUAAGUCCUGGUAUAGCUUUCAUCUUUUUUUUUGAUUGCAUUUUUAUAAUUCAAUUAUAUUGUGAAAAUGUUUUUAAAUAAACUGAAUUACAUUCUAGCACUGGAAUCACAAAGGGGUUUACAGAUGUACAAUGACAAGAAGAUGUUACUUAACUGGUGUAGGGUGGUUUGAACCACGUAUUGCAUUAUACGUGUUGUCCAGGUUAUGUCUUUCUCUUGAAUUGUUUCCUUCUUUUGAUUUGCUAUGACCUAAAUUAAA